ACCGAGAGGCCUCAGCACCUUACCUGGAUCCUGGGACACCUCCUUCCUCCUCACGCCUUCCUCCUCCUUGAAAAAGAGGAAUAUCCUAGUAUCCUUAGACCUUCCUUCUGCGGUGCGACGUCAACGGCAAGGGCAUGAACGCGACAGACGAAGCGCUGCGGCGACUCGGGACUCUUUUCUAUGUGGUGUCGCCGAGGUCUUCCUCCUUCAGGACGGUCAAGGAGGUACCGAAUUACAUCAAUGAGGCAAUUCCCUGGUUCUUCGUCAUCACUCUCGCCGAGGAGCUGAGCGGGCGAGUGGGAGGUCGACAGCUGGGCCGCAUGUGUGAUAACUUGACUUCGCUCUCUCACGCCAUGCUCUAUGAGUCCGCCAAGUUGCUAACGAGAUGGUUCGAGAUGUCCGGCUACCUGUGGCUUUACAAGUAUCGUCUGCUGGACCUGGAGUCGUCGACGCUGGCCAUGUGGUUCGCUGGCUUCCUGGCGGCUGACUUCGUGUACUACUGGUUCCAUCGAGCUUCCCACGAAGUGAGCCUGAUCUGGGCGUGGCACCAAGUCCACCACUCCCACGAGGACUACAACGUCACCGUGGCGCUCCGGCAGUCCAUGUUCCAGAGACUCUUUGCCUUGGGUUUCUACCAGCCCAUGGCACUAUUGGGGGUGCCACUGCCCGCCAUCUGCGUCCACUUCCAGCUCAAUCUUCUGGCGCAGUUCGUGAUCCACACUGAGCUCGUGGGUCGACUGGGCCCUCUGGAGUGGGUGCUCAACACGCCCUCGCACCAUCGGGUUCAUCACGGAGCUAACAAGUACUGCCUGGACAAGAACUACGGCGGUUUCCUCAUCAUUUGGGACAGAAUUUUCGGCACGUUCGAAGCGGAGAGGGAGGAGGAGGAAAUUGUCUACGGCCUCGUGGAUCAACCUCAGACUAGCAAUGUCGUUUGGUUGCAGUUCUUCUACAUUCGCGACAUCGUGAGAAAAGCCCGCAGCAUGAGCACCUGGGGCGACUUCUUCCGCGCCCUCUUCUGCGGCCCCGGCUGGCUCCCAGGGACGCCUCGCCUAGGGGACCUUGAGACCUUCCCUGACGUCCGCGGGAGGGUGAAGUACGACCCCCAGAUUCCCCUGUGGCAGAAGGGCUACACGGGCGCGCACUUCCACGCUGCUCUUAUCCUGCAGCAGGUUUUCACGUUCCACUUCGAGCUGUUAUCGUGGGCGGGCAGAGCGGUGUUCUUCGGGUUCCUCCUGGUAACAAUGGGAAACAUCACCGCCAUGUACGACUCGUGGCGAUGGGCGCCCUUGGUCGAAGUCACUCGCUGCGCCUCCUACGUCGCCUUCGCCAGUACGAGCGGCGUCUCAGGCUGGACCGGCCUAGACACGGCCCUCGCGACGUUCCACGCCGUUUCUUCCCUCGUGUGGCUCUCCCCGAGUGUGAGUUUAAUACAGAAGAGGUUCAAGAAGAAAGUGAUGUGAGAU